GUCGGAAAAGGUUUUGCUUUGGAUUUCUUCGUCUUUUGACCCGAAGUGAUACAGAUAAGGUGUGCAUGCGAUAAAAGCCCAGUGAAGGGUACAAUAAAGCAGAGAAAAAGCUUUACAAAAAUUAUUUGGCUCAGUGCUUGUAAGACAUGCAUCCAUCUGCAGCAAUAGCUAAACUAUGCCCUUAAUAUUAAUAAUUCUAUUCUCACUUCAUUAAAAUGAAGUGGUCUGGGUGCUUGUAAUUCAUUACUGAUGUUAAAGAACUAAAACAUGGAAAAUCUAAUUCACAUUCAAAUUCGGUUGAAGUCAGUGACGAAAGAGUCAGGUGAAGUUGCUCAAAAUUUACCCAUAUAUAUAUAUACACAUUAGCCCAUGUUUUCUUUUUUUGCAAAGAAUAUGCCCACUAAAUCAAAGAUGAAAACUAGAAAUCUGAAAAUGGCAAAAUUUUGAGACAUUAUAGAGUCACAUUAGAGAUGUAUACAGGGGGGAUCUUGCUGUAUUAGGGACAGGAGCAGAACACAAAGCAUGGGUCUAUACUGGAGCAGGUCACACAUAGUCUGUUAAUUUCCCCUAGAAAAUAAUCUGUGUGUAAGUCAUCUAACAGUUAAACAUAACUUUCAGAUUUGACAGAGAUUGGCAAUUAAUGAAAAAAAAUGCAACUUACGUUUUAUAGUUUCAGCUAAGGUUUAAUACCGGUAGUAUAAGCAAAACUGUGAAAUAACAUUUUGAAUUUUUUUUCCAAUGUUUUAAAAAUGUUAUUGAUACUUAAUAUUGUGCUAUGUAUACAUAUUGGUCAUCAGAAUAUUCUUUAACAAACAAAAUACAUAAUAUGUAUUGGAUACAAAUAAAGCAUUGGACUGUAGUGGAAUGAACAGAUAGCAAAAAUUUUAAUUUUGUCAACUAAAAUUUUUGAGAUUUAGUCAACUAAAACAAUUCAGAUGACUAAAAUACGACUAAAACUAAAAUGGCUUUUUAGUCAAAAGACUAUGACUAAAACUAACUUACAAUUUGCCGCCAAAAUUAACACACGGGCACAGAGGGGCUGUGGAAGGGGCAAAAGAGAGAGACCUGGACUUGGAAGAAAGACACCUAGGGGGGCUUGGAGGACACAAAGAGACACAGAGGGGCUGGGGAAGAGGCAAAAGAGACAGAGGCUUUAACUAAACCCAUUACAUUUUAAUUGUGUUGACAAAAAUCUACUGGAGAUUUAGUCACUAAAACUAAAACAAAAUAAAUUCAGAUGACUAAAAUACUACUAAAACUAAAAUGGCUAUGACAAAAAUAAAUUGAAAUUUGUCGCCAAAAUUAACACUGGUUAAAAAGCCCUCUGGCACAAUCUCAUGGAAUCGUAGAACAGAUUUGUUUAUGAAGGACCAAGACUUGGAGUUAGCCAAUAGUCCUGACGUGCAAAUAUGGCACCAUUCACUGCUUAAAUUAGCUUAAAAUGCCACCUCUGAAAUUGAUCCUAACUAUUUAAUGAUUAUCUCGCCUUUUGAUACAGCCUAUCAGUAACCUUGGACGGAGCAGGAGAUCCACUUUAAACAUAAACCACUAUGCCACCAAAAAAACCCUGGCAGAAAGCAUGUUGGACGUGGCUCUGUUCAUGGCGAAUGCAACACAACUAAAAGCGGUGCUGGAACAGGGACCAGGCUUCACUUACUACAUCACACUCAUCACGCUCAUCAGCUUGUCACUGGCUCUGCAGUUAAUAAUUGGUGUUCUAUUAAUUAUCAUUGGUAAGAGCUGCCUCUCAGAGUACUCAUCAUACAUUCUAAAUAACAUAUUAAGGAGAACCUUUAAAAUAGUAAUAAUUUAAUAUCACAUUGCAGAGAUUUGAUUUCGUAACUUGUCAGGACUAGCAUGUAUGCUGUGUCACCUGUUUUCAAGCAGGAAUUUUAGCUAUGAUGCAUUUGUAACCAAAAUGACAAUUGGCAGGUUCUAGGAUAAUCGGAUUUGCGUGUAAUAUGUAGGCAUAUAAUCCGAAUCCUAAAAAUCAUUUUUUUUUCACCUUAAAGGGGCACCAUAGUCACCAGAACAACAAGAGCGUAAUGUAGCUGUUCUGGUGAGCAUAAUAGUUCCCUUCAGGCAUUUUAAUGUAAACGCUGCCUUUUCAGCGAAACAGGGUGUCAGACACCUAAAAGGUGUUUUCACAGUUAUAGUGUCAGGAAUACAACUUUGUAUUCCUGACACUUUAGUGUUCUUUUAAGUUCUAAGAAUAUGUCUAGAGUUUUGACACUUUGGUCAUUCACCUGAUCAUAUAGGUUUUUACAAUGGGAAUCUGUCUGUUAAGGCUGAAAAUCUGCCUAUUCAUCAAACAUAUCUGCAUCAUGAGAAUCAGACCAUUUAUCCAGAUUACUAGUUAUUAGUCAUUUACCCUUAUCCUAGAAUGUGCCCACUCACACUGAGAUCGCAUACGUGUUCCCUAAGCAUAUCAUUAAUCACAGAAUCUGCCAAAUCACAUGCAGCCACGAUAAUCUGUCCUUUCUCUCUAAGAAUCUAGCAAUUUACCUUAAUAUUGUAAAAAUCUGCCACUUUUCUUUGAAAGCAUGGGUGUUACCCAACUAAUCUGUAAAUUCACCAUAUAAAUAAGGGGAGGAUACCGUGAAAGCCACUUAGGUUAAAAUAGGCAGAUUGUUUUGGCAAUGAUCCCUUUACACUAACCUAGGCUAGUAGCAAGUAUAGAGGAAAGAGUGCAUUGCCUGUCCUUUGUAUGAGUGGAUGAUUCUAAGCUCACAGGUUAUCUAGCUAAAUACUUUGUAUAAAAGAGCCUAAAUAGCUAGACAUCAGCUUACGGGCAGGGCCCUCUCUACCUUUUGUAUUUGUCUGUGUACAUUGUACGUCCUCCACUAAUUGUACAGCGCUGCAGAAUCUGUUGGCACUUUAUAAAUACCAGUAAUAAAUUAAUAAAUGUGAUGCUAUACAGUAAAGCAACAUACCUAUAGAAGGCAAGACUAGUCUUAGAUAGGUCAAGGGACAACAGAAAGGCAACAAGACAACAGUAGGAAAAGCCAAAGUCAGGGGUACGGUAGAGGACAGCAUAGAGAAGAAAAUAAAAAUGUAAAAAACAGAAAAUCACACACAAACAUAUGACUCACUUACACGAACAAGAAGAUUUAGUUGCCCCUGUACCAACUGCAUUAUUUGUUUGUGUGGGUCUUGUAGAAGGGAAGUGGUUGGUUUGUGUCUUUACACCUAAUACAGGACAGUAGUUGUGCUUUGCCACGACUGCCUUAUUCUAAACCUGUUCAGAGUAUCAUGAUGCUACAAGUUCUUUGCUUGACAUUCACAAAGGGACAUCCCAUUUGGUUAUUAAAGGGACACUAUAUUCUAUAUUCUACAGAAGAACUACAGCUUAAUGUAGUGGUUCUGGUGCCUAAAGCCUUUCCCUAAAGGCUUUUUAAUGUAAACAUUGCCUUUUCAGAGAUGCAUUGAUUGAGCUGCACUUUGAUGCAUGAGGACAUCCAUCGUCACCGAAAACCCCAUACUAAAGCAUUAUACGAUGCUUUCCUAUGGGGGAAGUACUAAUGCGAGCAUGAUGCUCCCCCCGCUGGUUGAUGUUGGCGGGGGAGGAGCUGAGGUGGAGCCUGAACCAACUCCAAGUGAUAUUGAUGCUGGUAAGUGACAAAAAGGAUUGUUUACUUUAACUUUGUUUUCCUGGCACUAUUGUUUCCAUUUAAGGGUGGCCACUAUAGUGUCAGAAAUACGUGUUUUUAUUAAUUUACCACUGACUUUGAAUAAUGAAUACAGGAGGUAGAUGCAUGCUAUAAGGGGAUCUGGAAGAACUCUAUAUUCACAAUGUCCUCCUUGGCCAACAAUCUAUUUUUCCAAAUUUCUUGGCCAUACAAUUACAUUUUCAGCAAAUUCGUUUAUAUAGAAUUGCUAAUUUUUUGGAAUGCUCUCAAAAAAGCUUUUGAAAAUAUAGUUUCUGUGGGGUUAUUGUGUCUCAGUCCACCAGAUUAUUUAUAAGUUCCAAGUUCUAGAAGAUCAUAAUUAGCUAAUGGUGUUCUGCUUAAAGAAAAUGAUUGGAAUUCUCUCUGUUGACCUUUCCAGCUCGUAGAAACAUAAAUGACACAGAGAAACAGGAACGGCUUGACCUGCUGAACAAUGUGGCCACUGGCUUAGUCUUCUUGACUGUGCUUAUUAACAUAUUCAUCACAGCGUUUGGUGUUCAAAAAAGCGGACUUUACCCAUCCAGAGGGCCACGUUAAGUCCACUGAACAGGUACAUGACACCAUAAAGCCAAGGAGAAUAAACUGGGGAAAGAGAUUUAUUGAGAACUUGAAAAGUUGGAGAAAGAUUCUACUGUGUGGAAUGUAUAUGAGUGUAUGACUGGAUCCUAGUACAAUGCAGAGCCCCUAUUUUUCUGAGGUGUGCAUAUCACAUAUCCCUCAGAAAUGUUCAUAAUGUGCACAUUGUAUAUGAAAUUAUUAGAGAACCUUCAGCAUGUUUAAAUGAACACUAUAGUGUUGGGAAACAUUUAUUCCUAACACUACAGUUCUGGACUACGUGUUUAGAUGGCCUUCCCUUCUCAGAAUGGAAUUAAAAGGUAUUUAACAUAACUUUUCUCCAUCUCUGCAUUGGUCUUGCUGCAGUUGGCUCUGCCUCCAUGGCUGAAAUCAUCAAUAUUGGACAGAUUAUUGGCUCUGGACCGAUUAUCGGUUGUGUUGAUUGUUAGAGCCGAUAUUCAGCAUUUUACCAAUAAUCGGCAUCGGCCUUGUAAUUUACAGAUUUACCGAUAACUUACUCACCUCUCCCAGUAACUGCAUGCCAUCUUCUGCAUCUGGAAACUCCAGCCACCAAUCGAUGAGGCACCACGUUGAGACUCUUACGUCACUCCUCCCUGUCAUUCCUGAGCCGGCAGUGACAUGCUAUGGACACCAGAACUUCUACAUUGAACCUCUAUAGUGUUCCUUUCAUUUUUAUGAGUGCCCUUAGAGCACUUGCCAAUAUCUAUUAUUUAGGAGUAUAUUACAGAGCCCCUGUAAAAUAUAGUGAACAUUGGGUUAUUACGGUACCUCCAGUAUUGUGCUGUUUAAAUAAAUAUGUUACGGAGCUCCAAUAAUGUGCACAUAUAUUACAGAACACCUAGCAAUGUGCACAAUCCAAGCUCCAACACAAUGUGUAGAAUGUGCAAAGAUGUGAUAGAGCCAAUUGCAAUGCACAAUGUGUUUAAUUGUAUUACUUCCUUGAUAUAGUACCUCUAAACCAGAUCUCCACAAUAAUGUGUAGGGAGGAAUAAUUACUGUUCUGAGUCUUAAUAUAUAUGCCUAUCCAACAAAAUCUCAUAGUAUCAUGGUAUUGUUCUGAAUAAAUGAGAAGAAAACAGACCCUACACCAAUACUCUAUCUCAGAACAGCAUGUCAGCAGAUGGGGAGAGAUGAGAAGAAAGGUUAAAGGGUAAUAUGUAGACUUGUGCAUUUUUGUAAUUUGAAAUGCACAUUUAUUGGCAGGUCAAACAAAUUCCCUGACUACAAAACACUGUAUGACUAAAUCACUAAACAAGCGAAAUUGAACAAUGUACAAACUGUUUUGUUUGAUUUGUGAGUUGGAUUUUCAUCCAUGAUGUUAUUAGCAACUUCUUCCCACUUGAUCUGUGUCACGAUUCGGGGAACCCAACACGCUGGCACACACACACACACACACACACAAAAGGUGUCGUACCGGACCUUAGAGUGGCCGGGCUAAGCACACACAGAAUAGUCAGGAAACAAGCCGAGUAAGGGGAACCAGAAGACAGAAUAACGUGAAACGAGCCGAGGUCAAAGGGUAGGAGAAAGUCACAAAGUCAGAUAAACAAGCCAGAGAGUACGUAACCAGAAGUACAAGGUAAGUAGCAAUACUAGAAAGCAAAGACCACAACAGGGCAGGGAGGAACAGGAAAGGUAAGUAUUUAAACCAUAAGGUUAAUUCUGAUUGGAUAAUUUCCAAUUAGAAUUAACAAUCACACGUGGGAGAUAUCUAGACCUCCCACUGUGAUUGAGGCACUGUGCCUUUAACGCCGGGUCAGGUGACUGACCCCGGCGUGUACAAACUUGGGCGGUCUCCCAGCGUGCAGCGUCAUGUAUGCUGCCGCUGGGGGACGUGGAGGAAACGGCGGGCGGCAUCCGAGGCUGGAAGGAUGCCGCUCGCCGGACCCAGGAGGAGGAGGGGACCGCGGACGGCUGGAGGGUGAGUACCGCGAGUACCCCUCGCAGCCGCCCGCGGGAUCCCGACAAUCUGUGAGCCAAAUGGUGUAAAAAUGCACCUAUCAGUGUACAGCAACAUAUAUACAUAAUAUUUAUAAUAUGCACACAUUUAGCAACACACUGGUUGACCAAUUUUCAUGCCCUUUUGAUUUGACAGAUUUGUUUAUUCCAAAUAGUUUGCAUGGAUGAAGUUCAUCCAAGCAAAACACCCUAUAAAGGAAUUUUGGCCCACCUGACCUCAUUUUUUUGACAGAUCAAUUCUGCUAAAUUAUAAUCUGCUGAUUAUAUUUUAUUAACUUUUUGAAAAAUUUAAAUUUGUGAAAAUUUGAUGACAGUUGUCUAUUAAUGAUUCUGUAUGCAUGGUAAUAGCUUGCUCUCUAUGUACAUCUCUGGUCCCCCUCCACAAAACAUUAUCACUCAUCUUUGUCUUUUUGUAAUAUUGUAAAUUGUGGAAUUCUCUCCACACACAAACACAUAACUGUUCAAUGCUUUCUCUUUUGUUUUAAAGGUUUUGCCAACACAUGCCAAGGUUCGAAACCCCAGUAUUCAGCUGAUCUUCAUCCCCAAUUCAUGUUUUGAGUAUCUAACAGCUUGAACCCCACUGUCUAUUUUAUUAAUAAAUGUUUUAAUGUAAAGGAUUUUCAUCCUGUCUACUUGCCAGCCCCAGCUACCACAUCUCAGAUUUGCUAUCAAAUAGAGUAUCAUUGGACAACAUGGGAUUCAUCUGAAAUGAUGUACACAACACAAGUAAGGAUAUAUAUAUCAACCAUGGUGAGGCACCUUAUUACCUUAUUAGUACCCUGUGGAUUUCCACCACUAGAAGCGUGGGUAUAUUUUGUGAUAGAAUGAUUUACCAACUAUAAAUAUAGUUUUGAGUGCUCAUUGUGCGACUAUGAGAAUCUUCCUUUUCAUCCUGAGACCCUCUAAGAUUCUGACUGGAUUUUUCAUAUGUAAAUAUUUUGAAAUACACUUUAUUUACUGUGUGAGGUGUUGCAAAUUUAAAUUGAAUUGAAAAUUAAUUGCUAAUUUUAGGACAAG